CCGAAGCCCGCCCGCGGGGCUCUUCCAGUCGGUCCGCCUCAGGCCUGUGCUGAGGCCCGCCAUGGAAGGGGACGUCUCCGCCGCCGCAGCCGCCCACUACCAGCCGGCCAGCCCCCCGCGGGACGCCUGUGUCUACAACAGCUGCUACUGUGAAGAAAAUAUUUGGAAGCUCUGUGAAUACAUCAAAAACCACAACCAGUAUCCUUUAGAAGAGUGUUAUGCUGUCUUCAUAUCUAAUGAGAGGAAAAUGGAUUACCAUGUUGUCUUGCUUCAUGUUUCAAGUGGAGGACAGAGCUUCAUUUAUGAUCUUGACACUGUUCUGCCAUUUCCCUGCCCCUUUGAUACUUAUGUGGAAGACGCCUUUAAGUCUGAUGAGGACAUCCAUCCACAGUUCAGAAGGAAAUUUAGAGUGAUCCGCGCAGAUUCGUAUUUGAAGAACUUUGCUUCUGACCGAUCUCACAUGAAAGACUCCAGUGGGAACUGGAGAGAACCUCCUCCAUCAUAUCCCUGCAUUGAGACUGGAGAUUCCAAAAUGAACCUGAAUGAUUUUAUCAGUAUGGAUCCUGAGGUGGGAUGGGGAGCCGUCUACUCACUGUCUGAAUUUGUACAUCGGUUUGGCAGUCAGAACUACUGAACUUGACCUCUGGAUGUAGUGCCAUGGAGAAAUUCUAGGACGUGAACAAUCCACCCCUUCAUCUGAGACAGCAAACGUUAUGAUGGUACAUUUGGCUUGGAAUUAUGCUUUCCUCUUUUAAUUCAAUUGAGUUGAAGCAUAAGUGAACAAAAGAAUAGAUAGAAACAAUUUUUUUUUGGUAUGUCAGGUUGAAACUUGAUGUAGUUGCUCAGAUAUUCCUAUUGCUCAUUUGUUAAAAAAUGUGAAGACUUAUGCCAGUAAUUGCUUUUGUUAUGAUAAAUGUGUGUGUUUUGGAUGGUUCAUGUCUCUCCAGCUAUACUCUAAGCUCCUUGAGGGUAGGGCUGUGGCCUGUUGCUCUGUGAAUCUCUAAUGCCCGUAAAAGGUGCCCGUAAAAUGUUUGCUAGUGACUGUGCUGCUGCCUGAAGAGGGCUGACGUUGUGAGCUCAAUCAGCAAUAAGUAUUAGUCUUUCUGGACCAUUCAUUCUGUUCUUAGCAAAGAUUGCAGCCUUCUCAGGCUUAAGUGUUGUUUGGCCUAUUUAUAUAUGUUUUUAAAUAAAAUUGACCUAAAUUAA